AUGGACAAGGGCAAGUCGACCGUUGCCCCCGCGGACAGGUCAAGUAUGGACGUUACAGGCCUGUCCGCCGACGAGAUUCAACUGCGACUUCAAGGCCACGUGGGCGAAUUGCCACGUCAGUUUGGAACCCUCGCAACCAUCUCCCUGGCUUUCACCAUCACCAACUCAUGGAUUGGCAUCUCCGCCGUGUUCGUGACUCCGCUAUUCGCCGGUGCCGGCCCCGCGAUCUUCUGGGGUAUAUUGGUGGCUGCAGUAGCUUGCAGCUUCAUCAAUGCAGGGCUGGCCGAGCUUGCCUCAGCCUUUCCGUCGAGUGGAGGACAAUACCAUUUCGCUUUCAUGGUAGCUCCCCCCAGAUAUCGAGCGCCCAUAGCUUUUAUAGCAGGAUGGUUGAGCGUGGUCGCCUGGUGGAUGACAGCUGCGUCGGCCUGCAUCUACUGUGCUCAAAUAUGCGUCAACCUGGCCUCCUUCUUCAACCCUGAGUAUGUCUGGACGCAGUGGCAAGUCUACCUCGUCUACGUGGCGCUCACUUGUCUCGCCGUGGCUAUUUUCGUUCUCCUUCCAACAUUGAUGCCCAAGACCGAGAUUGUCUUUUUCGCUGCCAGUCUCGUGGGCUUCCUCGUCUUCUGCAUCGCCGUCCUGGCCGCCUCCAAGACCAAACAAUCUGGCCGCACAGUGUUUGUCGAAUGGGUCAAUCUUACGGGAUGGAAUGACGGGAUUGCCUUCUUCCUCGGCGUGGGAAGUUGCAUGUAUGUCUUUUUGGCAACCGAUGCGGCAACGCAUAUUGCAGAGGAGAUGCCAAACCCUUCCAGGAACGUCCCACGAGCGAUCGGAAUGACCAUGGUCAUUGGAGCGAGUACCAGUCUGGUGUGGGCCGUCGCAUUUUUGUUCUCGACCAACGACCUUGACGAGGUCGCCGGGUCGUAUCUCCCGAUCCUGACGGUCUUCUAUCAAGCACUCCACAAUCAAGGAGGAGCGGCGUUUCUAGCCGUCUGGCUCCUGGUCGUGUAUUAUGGCGCGACCAUCUCCUGCUUCCUCACCGCCGGACGACUGACGUGGGCCUUUGCUCGUGACAACGGCCUCCCGUUUUCCCGCUUCUUUGCCAAAGUCCAUCCAACGCUGCAGGUGCCUGUCAACGCCUCGCUCCUCACCAUGGUAUUCUGCAUUCUCUAUGGACUCAUCUACAUUGGCUCAACCACGGCGUUCAACAGCUUCAUCUCUCUCUCGAUCCUGGGGUUGAAUAUCACAUAUGCUAUCCCGCAAGCGAUUGUUUUGGUCCGCGGACGAGCGAACGUGCUACCAGCCCGGCCAUUCAACCUGGGUCCCCUGCUCGGACCAUUCUGCAACCUGUUUUCUGUGGUCUGGACCCUGUUCUACACCGUCCUAUUCAGCUUUCCUGUGUUCUUGCCCGUGACGGCCCAGAACAUGAACUACGUCAGCGUUGUUCUUGUUGGGGUCUCGUUGAUCACGCUGGCUCUCUGGUGGGGUGGAAAACGGAAGACUUUCACAGGACCGUCCAUUCAGAUCGAUGGGCUGGAGGUCCUGAGUGCCGCGGCCACGGGUUCUCUAGCGACUGGGCCCUCUCAAGCGGGGGUGCUGGCAACAUCGAAGGAAGAAGCGUCGGCUGCUGCGUGA